AUGGGCUACGUAGGUUUAAUGGAAAAGUUUGGAAGCGAUGAAGUAUUUGCAACGCUCUAUUUACCUAUGACAAUAGCUAACAUACUGCAACAGUUUAACAACUCCUAUGAACAGUUAGGCAACCCUCGACAAACCGUAUGGCAAGAUCCACUAAAAUCCGGAUGGACCAACCCUGGAUUCGGCGCCUGGAUUCAAUAUGCACAUCCUAACUACACAAAUAACACAAUGAAUUUCACAAGUGUAGAAAUGAAAGGACUGUAUGGCGUUUUGGGCAACACGAGCCUACUGUUUGGUGAAACUGCUAACAAAACAGUGAAAGAGGAGUGCGAUAAAAAUCCUGCACAAAAGAAGUGUGGUUUUCUACUCCAAGCGCAAGCCGCUGCAAUGCUUCAACAGCGUAAUCUAAGCACCACAAACACAUUUUUAUCUCUGUUCGGGUUGAUGAGUGCGGCCUUCUGUCCUAAUACCACUUAUCAGUGUUUUGACAAGUUGAAUAGCUUGCUGGAAGCGAUCUUCUCAUAUAUAGCACAUGUGAACAAGUACACCAUGUGGGCUAUCUUAGGUGAACAAUUCGACAUCGUCUCCACGAUGCCACAGAAGAACUUAAGUUUGGGCUACACGAUCAAGAAUGUCAUUAACCCGGAGACAGGUGCUCCUACUUUUAUACCGGGGGUAGUUCGGAUUCAUAGUAAUAAAAGUGAUGCAAUCAAAACAGACAAGGAAUCCACUUUCUAUACGUGCGAGGCUGGAGAUGGCAAGAAAUUUCAAUGGGCAGGUAAAUAAACUGACUAACACACAAACAGGCAUGGCGACACUCUUUGCGACGUUAUAUUUUCCACAUUUUACAACAUUUCCCAACGAAACUUUGGAAUUUACUAAUUUUGUGUUGCUCUUUGUGUUGCUGUGAUGAAAUUUUUAUCUAAACCAAAAUUUAGUCUAUAAUGCAAAUGGUCCAUUGUAGACCAUUACAACCCAAUAUACUUUAUUGCAUACAAUGGCAUUACAACGCCAAUAGAUUAUAGGUUACAACGUGCGGAACGGAUGGCCAGACAUCCACGGCAAGAAAUCAAUGGGGCUUGUAUUUUAUCGAGUUUCUUCUCGCUCAUUGAUGAGCAGAUUUCCCAACAGGCUAUCUCCCAACCUCGCAAGCCAGGGUCUUUGCCGUAGCGCCAUGCGGAGGUUACUUUAAGACCUUAAGUAGAGGUCCAACCAAGGACUGAACCCGGGCAAACAAUAAUCAAAUAUAUAGCUAAAGCUCCUCUUUCUUUGUAUUUCAGCGUACGAUGGUAAGACUAACACAUCUGCAAUUCCUAACAUGACAGCAGAAGAGUCGGCAGUCCAUGGUUACUCGAUGAUCGUGCCUCGAUCAGACACAGCUGAUAAACCUUGCACAUUCUCACAUGAACUACCCUAUACUCACAUCGAGAUGUUUGCCAGUGUUAUUGGUAUGCGAGUGACGUUACGGUACAUGGGCGAAACAUCUCUGCAUGGUCUGGAACUGAAGAGAUUUAUCCCGGACAAGGAUGCGUUCUUAAAGCAUAACGGUGUUCAGCAAGGAUACAUUGAUUUCACCGUGCAAAAUAAAGUACCGAGUUUUCUAACUUACGCACACUUGCUGUACACCAAUGUCACCGUUCCAGCAUCAUUUAAUCAAACUCCAGAUGUGAAAAAGCAUGAGAGCACA